AUGGUCACCUUCACUGCGCUCGAGUUCAAAGCACCCGCCAGGGGCUUGCUCGAGGACUUCAUCUUCUCAAAACCAGUAGAAGGUCCAGCGACCUUUGUGGACGAAACAAAAGAGGUCUCCGAUCUAUACCGGGUCGUAGAAGCGAGCGACGAGGCCUCGAGCGUCUUAUCAGACCAGCAGCUGUCGCCACGGCCAGCGCUAUCAGAUCACACGGCCCCUGUCACCGAUCCAACUGACGCUUUCUUUCUCUGGCGAUACGUCGACUUCAUCGGUCCGCGCUUCGACAUGUUCGACGAUGCACCGCGAUACUUCUCGACAAUCGUGCCGCAGCUCGCUUUGAAUGAUGAGCUUGUCUUACUAGCCUGUGUAGCCGUUGCAGCCCGCCAGUACUCUCUCGCCAACGAACAACAUCACCAGAAUCACGAACAGGCUUUGACAUACUACAACGCGGCUAUCAACCUGCUGUCCAAGCGGCUACAGAAUAGUGGGCCAGAUCCUGCGGUUUUUGCGAGCUGUCUGCUAGUAGCUCACUGCGAGAUGGUUGAGAGUAAGGCCACGGAUUGGGGCUUGCACCUCAAGGGAACCGGAGAUCUUCUCAAGAUACAUGGUUGGCAUGGCGCGAGUGGUGGUUUGGCACAGGCCUCAUUCUGGAUCUACUGCAGGAUGAUCAUUCUUGCAUCUCUCUGUUCCGGCAAGCCGAUAGCAUUAAAUCCCAUGAAAUGGAUACCUGGAAGUGAAUUCCCUGACCCAGGUACGUGGACGCUCGAACUAUGGCAAAAAAAGGUCGUUUUUCUGCUCGGGAUGGUCCACGAUUUCUGGAGUCGCACCCCUGAUGACACCGACGAGCAUGCCGUGCAACUUCACACUGCUCGAUGGAAGGAGCUCGAAGCUGAGCUGGUGCGCCACCAGAACCAAGCGCCAGCUGUAUGCUCACCUCUCAGCAUUCUACCUCCGAAUGGAGAGGAAAAUCCCUUCAGAUCUGUGCGUUAUCUGAACGGUCCCGUGUCCGCUGCGUGGCAAAUGCUGCAUACUGCCUUUCUCAUUCUCACUAUCUGCACGCCUUGCUUGCAGGAAAGUCGUCUCUCAGUGCUCUCCAGCCCCAAUGUGACUUGCCAAGCACAGGCAUACGCACGCCAGAUUGUCGCGAACUCGCUGGCGAAUCGAUGCUCCAUCGCAUGGGCAAAUGCAGUCCAACUCCUUACUAUCGCGGGUCAGUGUCUUGUGAUAGAUGUAGAGCGGACAGCAUGCGUCCGCAUUCUACGAGAAAUUCAGCAACAAACGGGCUGGAACACACGGGCCAGCGUCGACAGACUGGGCACAGCGUGGGAGAAUAGUUGGAGAUAUGGGUCAACAGGUGGGCACUCGACAGUCAGACAGGUCGAUCCUGGGAAGCUGCUUUAUUAUGUUUGGCUCGGCGAGGAGAGAAGCCCAAGCUAG